GAUAGAGAUAGAGAUGGGCAGCAAAGGUGACGGCGAACAGGUCAAAAGCGUCAGCUCGGAGGUGACUCGGCAAAACACGUCCGAGACGUGGAAGCUGGUGUGCCACCGUCAAGUGUCUGACGUAACUCCUUUAGUACGGCUCCAAGUUUCUGGAGAGGAUGUAAGUGGUGUCCAACAAAGUGGAGCGCCUCACCAUCAAAGCAGAAAUGCCCUAACCUACCUGGGCAGCUACUGCAUCGGGGAACUGGAAGAGAGUUGUGAAGACGAUUCUCCACACCGUGCCAUGCAAGAGGCGGCAGGGGUGCAGCUGAAGGCGAUGCAUAUAACGGACCAAGAGCAGCGGGGAGAAGAGCCAAACUGCGGCGUGGAGGGAGCACAGGACAGAGGACGGAGUUUGAUGUCAAACUUGGGGCACAGGACGCGGAGUGUAAACCGGCGUCUCCCUGAGGCCGAAGGCUUGCGGGUAACGAAGGAUGACAACCCGGAUCUUGUGGAUUUUGAUAAACCACUGUUAUGGCAAGUUGGCCAUCUUGGAGAGCGUUACACUGAUUGGGUGCAUCAGCCAACGAAAAAAAAUAUUCGCCUUUUUCAUUCAGACCUCAUGGAAUAUUGCUCAAAGACUGUCUGGUAUGUCAUACCAGCUGUCUGGAUUCCCAUAGGCAUCUGUUGUAGCUACAUUUGCUUCAAAGAACUUGAGAAAAGAGAGACAAAAUUGUUUGCAAGCAUGACAGAAGCAUGGUCAGUGCCAGUGCAGGAAUACUGGUUCCCUUUUCUCUUCCUACUGGGAAUGUUCACAUGGUCCUUAAUGGAAUACCUCAUCCACCGCUUUCUAUUUCAUACCAUGCCACCUUCAAACAGCUACUUUCUGAUAACGCUACACUUUCUUCUGCAUGGCCAGCACCACAAGGCUCCAUUUGACAGAUCCCGGCUCGUCUUUCCUCCAGUACCAGCCUCAGUUUUUGCUCUUUGCUUCUACUUGAUAUUUCGGUUGCUCCUUCCACCGGCAGUUGGCCUGAACAUUUUUGUUGGGGGCUUGUUUGGCUACAUUAUUUAUGAUUUGACUCACUAUUACCUGCACUAUGGCUCGCCAAAGAAAGACAACUACUUCUACAAGCUGAAGAUAUACCAUAUAAAACAUCACUUUAAAUAUCAGAAAUCAGGAUUUGGAAUAACAAGUCAGUUUUGGGACUACCCCUUCAACACUCUGAUACCAGAAACAUCCUGAGCAGUUCACGAGAGGCCUUGUCAGACUGAUCUUAAAUCACUAACCUAUUCCACCUUGGAGCACAAAAUCCAGCUUUGAUUCCCGAAGUGGUAAUUUUUUUUCAAGCUAACUGUUUAAAACUUAGUUUUUAUUUAUAUA